AACCCGGCUGCUUCUUUGAGGACGUGGCCCGCCGUAAGGCCGACAUGGUCGACAGACCACACCAUCUCCCUUUGCAUAACAACCCCCAAGGUUCCCACUUCCUUCUCCAAGCCAAUGUACGGACCAACUGCUAUGAGUGCAGCGCCUGGUUGGACAAUUGGGUUGAUCACAGCUGCGCGCUCUCUCUCGUACUGCACCUGUCCUUCUGUAGGUAGGAUAAAUGGAAGGUCUCUUAGCCAGCGAGGUAACCUUCUGGGCGGCCGGCCUUCGCAACCGCUGAUUUUGAGUAUACCUCGCCCUUGGCGUGGUCUCCAGGUGGAGUUACGGUACCUAGGUUGAAUGCCCUGUACAAUUGUUUCUCAAAAAGUUCCAAUACUAAGGAUUCUUUCUUCGCAUCUGUCGUCCAGGUUAUUCCGCCCAGGC